GGGCCGCUGGCCGGCGUAAGCGGUAACCGCGCUGCCGCCCCGGCUGAUCGGCGGGCGCUGGUGCCCUGCCCGCCCCUUCCUUUCCUCCUCCUUCCCCCCACCCCGGCCCCCUCUGCCUCCGGCCGGGCCCCGGAGCGCCGCCGCCGUUGGGGUGUGAGUAGGGCCCGGCGCCUUGCCGGGCCGUACCCUCGCCGGCGGGGCCAUGGCCGCGAGCGCAAAGCGGAAGCAGGAGGAGAAGCACCUGAAGCUGCUGCGGGAGAUGAGCAGCCUCCCGCCCAACCGCAAGUGCUUCGACUGCGACCAGCGCGGCCCCACCUACACCGACAUGACGGUGGGCAGUUUCGUGUGCACCUCCUGCUCCGGCAUCCUACGGGGCUUGAAUCCACCCCACAGAGUGAAGUCAAUUUCAAUGACUACUUUCACACAACAGGAAAUAGAGUUCCUGCAGAAACAUGGAAAUGAAGUGUGCAAACAGAUUUGGCUAGGCCUAUUUGAUGAUAGAUCAUCAGCAAUUCCAGACUUCAGGGAUCCACAGAAAGUAAAGGAAUUUCUACAGGAAAAAUAUGAAAAGAAAAGAUGGUAUGUUCCUCCAGAGCAAGCAAAGGUGGUGGCAUCAGUGCAUGCAUCCAUAUCGGGGUCUUCUGCUAGUAGUACAAGCAGCACACCUGAGGUGAAGCCACUCAAAUCUCUCUUGGGAGAAGCUGCACCUGCACUGCACUUAAACAAGGGCACACCCAGCCAAUCUCCUGUUGUAGCUAGAUCUCAAGGACAGCAGCAACAAGAAAAGAAACAAUUUGACCUCCUCAGUGACCUUGGCUCGGAUAUCUUUGCUGCUGCUGCUCCCCAGUCAACUGCUACGGCAAAUUUUGCUAAUUUUGCACACUUCAACAGUCAUACAGCGCAGAACUCUGCAAAUGCAGGUUUUGCAAACUUUGAUGCAUUUGGACAGUCUAAUGGCUCGAGUAAUUUUGGAGGUUUCCCCACAGCAAGGCAGUCUUUUCAGCCCCAAAAUACAGGUGGAAGUGCUGGAUCAGUGAAUGCUAACUUUGCUCACUUUGAUAACUUCCCAAAAUCCCCCAGUGCUGAUUUUGGAGCCUUCAAUGAUUCUCAGAGCAACACAACAGCAACUGCAGCCAGUAAAGCUGCAGUGAAUAAACUCAGUCUACAGUCAGCUGACAAAUACGCAGCUCUUGCUAAUUUAGAUAAUAUCUUCAGCGCAGGGCAAGGUGGUAGUGAGCAAGGAAGUGGCUUCAGUACAGUAGUGUCAGCAUCAGCAGGUCCUGCAUUGUCAGCCCCAAAUCAGUCAAGUGCAUCUUCAGACAAGUAUGCGGCUUUAGCAGAAUUAGACAGCGUGUUCAGCUCCACAGCAACCUCUAGUAACGCGUAUACUUCCACCAGUAAAGUUAGCAGCAAUGCUUUUGGAACAGUACCCGUGGCUGCUACUGCACAGACACAGCCUGCAUCUUCGAGUGUGCCUGCUCCAUUUGGAGCAACACCUUCCACAAAUCCAUUUGUAGCUGCCCCUGUUGCCCCAGUGGUACCUUCAACAAAUCCAUUCCAGACCAAUAGCCGAGGAGCAACAGCAACAUUUGGUACUGCAUCCGUGAGCAUGCCUGCAGGAUUUGGAACUCCUGCCUCCUACAGUCUUCUUCCUACUAGUCUUAGUGGCAACUUCCAGCAGCCCACAUUCCCAACCCAGGCAGCUUUCUCUCAACAGACUGCUUUUGCUCAGCAGCCAAAUGGAGCAAGUUUUGCUGCAUUUGGACAGGCAAAGCCUCUAGUAACUUCUUUUGGACAAGUUGCAGCUGUUGGAGUACCUAGUAACCCUUUUAUGGCUGGUGCACCAACAGGACAAUUCCCAACAGGAAGCCCAUCAACCAAUCCUUUCUUAUAGCCUUAUAGACACUUUACCCAAAAGAACUCUUAUGUGGUCACAUAACAUCUCUGCGCCUCUUGCACUGUUGUCUUGUUUCACUGAUAUUAGCUUUAAACACAAAAGAAGUCUUUAAGAAAUAAAAAUAAAAGCCUGCAUUGUGUACCUUUAAGAAAAUGAAAAAUAUUAAUUAAAAAAAACCCAAACAAAAACAAAAAAAAACAUCACAAAAGCCACAAACCCCCCCAAGAAAAUCAACACCCCCCCACCAGGUCAUAACGUGCAAAAUGGAGGGCUAUGGUAACAUCUUUGAUCCUGUGAGCUGGCAGGUAAAAAGUAGCGGUAUCAUGUAUAUUAAAAUUGGCUAAUAAGUUAUUGCAGAUACCACAUUCAUUAUGCUGCAGUACUGUACAUAUUUUUCUUAGAAAAUAGCUAUUUGUGCAUAUCAGUAUUUGUAACUUUAACACAUUGUUAUGUGAAAAAUGUUACUGGGGAAUAGAUCAGCCACUUAAGGUGCUGUUGUAUCUCUUGGAAUGAAUGAGCUACAUCAUUUUAACCAUUGGUAUUGGAAGUCAUUAAGUUAAAUUGAAGGUUUGUUCAUUUCUCAAUGUUUUCCUUUCCUAAGAGCUCUUCUAUUUAUACAUGCCUAAAUCUCUAAUGUUAGAGGGAUACCUGUCUGCAUAAUAAAGCUGAUCAUGUUUUGCUACAGUUUGCAGGUGAAAAAAAUAAAUAUUAGAAAAAAAAACCAAUCAUGUAGCAUUAUUUCUGUGCAGUAAUAUUUUAUUGGGUUAAAAUGUGCUUACUGUGAGACUUUUACACAGAGGAAUUAUCAAAAGCAAAAUUCUUAAAGGUGAGAUAAGCUUAAAAUUUUCACAUGACUCACUCUAGAUAUGUUUCUUCGUGAUUUUUUCUUGUGAUUAAGCUUGUUGUUCUAGCCCAAGCGAAGUGACAUAUCAAACAGGAAACUGUUAAGUGAACUUGGAUUAUUUUGACAGAGUAGCUCUGUAAUGAAGGACACUGAAAUCACUGAGGAGGGUAGUUACUGGGGAAGUGGUUAGCCGAAAAAGACACAUACAUGUAGUUAAUGAUAGGCUUUGAACAAGAUGUAGUUGUGAUCACAACAGUGUGUAAUUGCAGGUCAAGGUACCGCAGCUGUAAUAACACUCUUUUGAUUAAAAAUUGAUAUAAGUAA